AUGCCCGGCAAGACACCUGAUAAGGAACCCGUCGAGAACGGCGGCUACCGAGGGGGCAAAGAUCUCAAGCCCAAGGGCAAGAAGGAGAGCAAGCAGGCGAGCAAGAAGGAGGGGGCCGUGCAAAUAGACAUCAAGAACAAUUUCGCCCUUCUAGACCGUGCCGUCGCGCUCUUCGACGCUAGAUUCUCUCUGCGCGCACUGCGGUCCAUCUCGUCGAUCCGGAAACGCCUGACCCCUGAUAUCCUUGCUCAAGCCAUCUCAGAGACCUACCUGUCAUCCUCGGCCAGCGCCAAUGUUGCGAGGCAGAUGUUGGAGGCGAUCGGCCAGUCGGACGUAUCCCUGGGUCGCCAGUCCGGCCCGGAGAUGGAGAUUGACAGCGAGUCGAAGGCCGCCAGCAAGAACGGUGCGAAGAAGGAGGUCAAGGAUGUCAUCCCCGAAGUCGAUGUCUUCCUCGGGAUCCUCACACAGGUCGUCCUGCACGACAGCAAACAGCUCCAGAAAGGAUUCGAGUUUUCGCAGUAUCUGGUCGAACGGAUCCGGUCGGUCAACCGCCGCACGCUCGACAGCCUCUCUGCGAAGGUGUACUUUUACUACUCGUUGUUUGCGGAGCAGACUGCCCCGCUUCCGCCGUCUCCUCAGUCGCCGAUCGUGGGAAUCCGACCCACCCUCCUUGCGGCACUCAGGACAGCCGUCCUCCGCAAGGAUGUCGACACACAAGCCACGGUCAUCGUUCUCCUACUCCGGAACUACCUACUCACGUCGCAUAUCUCGCAAGCCGACCUCCUAGUCUCGCACACCCAGUUCCCCGAGAAUGCGGCAAAUAACCAAGUCGCUCGUUUCCUCUACUACCUUGGCCGCACCCGCGCCAUCCAGCUCCGCUACACAGAAGCCCAUGAGCACCUGACGGCGGCGACGCGGAAGGCUCCCUCGAGCGCGUGCGCGCUGGGUUUCAGCCAAACCGCCACCAAGCUGCUGCUUGUUGUGGAGCUGCUGAUGGGCGACAUCCCCGACCGGGCGACGUUCCGCCAACCGAGCAUGGAGACGGCGCUUCACCCCUACUUCCUACUCGUGCAAGCCGUCCGCGUCGGAAACCUGGGGGAUUUUGAGACCAUCAUUGCCGAGCACGCCGACACCUUUCGCCGGGAUGGCACCUACACGCUCAUCUUGCGCCUCCGCCAGAACGUCAUCAAGACGGGCAUCCGCAUGAUGAGCCUGAGCUACAGCCGGAUUUCCCUGCGCGACAUCUGCAUCCGCCUGCACCUGGGCUCCGAGGAGAGCGCUGAAUACAUUGUGGCCAAGGCGAUCCGUGACGGUGUGAUUGAGGCGGCUCUCGACCGCGAACGGGGGUUCAUGAAGAGCAAGGAGGUUGGUGAUGUGUACGCCACGCGGGAGCCGGGUGAGGCGUUCCACGACCGCAUUCGUGCUUGUCUGGCACUGCAUGACGAGAGCGUCAAGGCCAUGAGAUUCCCCAUGAACCAGCACCGCCUUGAACUUAAGAAUGCUCAAGAGGCCCGGGAACGUGAGCGGGAAAUGGCCAAGGAGAUUCAGGAGGGCGACUUGGACGAGGACGACCUUGGUGGCGAGUUUGAGGGCAUGUAA